AAUGCCGCCAUGUUUGCACCACGUGAUCGUCCCAGAAGAAAUUGGAUUAGACAAUGCGGACGUUACUUACAAUACUCUGUUUAUUGACCGCCAAUGUUGUCCUAGUAUUUGGUUCUAAAUUUUCUGAUCUCUACAUGCACGACUAUGUGAAAGAUGGACGCCCCGUAGAUGGACCGUUCCCAUCGAGUCUAAAGAAUAUGCCAUACAUGUGUUAUCAAGUACCAGUUAAAGGACCGUGCAACUACAUGCAAGUGGCCUGGUUCUUUGAUAUAGUCAGACGAAAAUGUAUGAGGAUGUUCUACUCCGGCUGUGGAGGCAACGAAAAUAGAUUUGCUUCUGAACGAUCCUGCGAGCUGUUUUGUAAUAAAAAUAGACGAAUUUAACUCAAUACUUAAUUGGAGUUCACAAGUGUAUAGUAGAAAGAUAUGACUGAAAUUAAACUUAUACGUAUUUGUCAUUUUGUAUAAAGUACCACAACCACAAUGAAGAAAUGUUUUGCAAUAUUUCAACCCACUUAGAAGUCAACAGCAAAAUAGCGAAAUCCUAAUUUAAUUACUAGCUGGCAGUAGGCUACGCGACAUCGUUGCGACGCGCACGCUGCUCACGAGGAAGAGUCCCUCGGUCACUCGAAACUAAUAGAGCUAUUCUCAGUGCGUGAGUAAUUCGUCAUUCUUAGUUAAUACUAGCCGGCUAUUGGGCUUCCCAAAAGCAAUACUUUAUCGACCUAAACGCCAUUUUCCGGAACAAUGUUCACAUUUCCCAUUAUUGAGAUUGUUUCCUCUAUAUAUACGAUAGUAUGAAUUUUUUUUAGUAUAAGCGCAAUAAGCGGUAAAAUUUAAUUCAUGUGUAUGAAGUGUGACUAAUACUAAUUUGAUAUAUUGGUUUAUACUAUGAAAUAUAUUUACUGCAGAAAAAAAAAACGUUUUAUGGUGUGGCUUUUAUUUAUAUGGUGACGCGGAAAGCAGUUUAUUUCAAAAAUAUAUUUUAUUACCCCAAUAUUUAUGGUAAUGUAAUAGGUACGCACACUUUAUGAUUUACUGACUCCAUCGCGUUUAUCGACGUAAUAAUAAAUAUGUGCCUAGUACGUCCUCCUAUUUGUUUACGUAAACAAAACUAUAUUACUGCGCAUAUAGAGUUCUAAAUCCCAUGACGGAGUGAUUUUAACAAUCAAGCAAAUUUACGCAUCACAUUUAAUUUCCUCCAAUUUGUUUUUGAUGAGGUUUUGUUGCUACCCAACCUGUCCCCAUUCGUCCUUCUUGCCAAAUUAUUCCAAUUAAUUUUCAGAGCACCAAAUCGAUACCAAAACUUUCCAUUAGGCCGCAAAUGUUGGAGCAAAUAUUAAUUAAUGAAAGCAAACAAUGUGACAGAUACAUACAUUGUGAAUUUAGAUAUUUGGUGUAAGUAUAGUUAGGCUUCUACAUAAUGUUUAGAACCAAUUAUUUCGAAAUAACAAAGAGAAGUGCUUUAACAAUGUUAAUGUAUAUAAAAUACAUCAUUUAAUCAAUAAAAUUAAUUAGAUACAUAUUUCGAAGCGGCAAGAAUUGAUCUAUCAAGAAGCCAAACAUGAAGCUGCCAUUCUAAUUUUGUUCAAAAAAGAAAAAUCCCCUCUUGAAAUAUAAGCUUAGGUAAUUAUAAAAAUACCGAGUCAUUAGCUAACAAUAUAAAGGGAAGCCUACAAAACAAUGACUUGGCGAAAAUCUGUAUUUCCUGUUAACAAAUGAGACUACAAUGGAUUUCUACCUGUACAGAUAGGGGUGCCACGGAAUUGUGCUUUGUAAUGAAUGUUCUCUAUUCUUGUA